AUGCCUCCAAGAGACACCGUCGCUACUUCCCCUCACCGAAGACGUCCGUCAAUCAACGCCAAAUCGCGGUCGCGACCACGGACCGCGACCGUAUCAACUUUACCUUCCAGCUCAACAUCGGACCUAGAUCAUGAUGUGUGGACUGGCUUGCCCCUCGUGGAUUCUGGGGAUGAUAUGGGAGGUUCGGCUCUGGAAACCAUGACCCCUGUCUGCGGACAACCCGGCAGACGUCGCAGCGCAAAGAGUUUCUCGGGGCUACGCCACUCGGUUGAUGGACUGCGUGCGCUUGGCCGUCGUCUGUCAGUUACCAUUCGCAGCAAGUCAUCUCGCACUUCGAACUCGCCCUUUCAGCAUGAGCAUGAGCUGGGCCCUCAGAAUAGCCAAGAUGACGAAGAAGAUGGUUUCGAUCAUCCCGAAUAUGUUCCUGCUUCCCAAGGUGUCUCCAUCCCACUACCGAUUCCUGGGAAGGGGUUAGAGCCUCCCAUUGUGCCUAACCACCUGUGCUCUGGAGCGGCUGCUCGAGCAGCCGCAGCGGCUCAGAAUGAAAUGGCACGCAAGUCGGAGCAAGCGAAGCUUACGCGUGACUCGGAAAGUGGCAUUGGUAUCGUGCUGCAGGAUCGUUCUGACUCGGAUGAUGAAACCGAUGUCGUUCGCAGUGACCCUGCGGUCGCCUUCCCUACAGAGAUCAUGGCCCAGGUACUCUCGUAUCUUGACCCUGAGUCUUUGAUGAACAGCGGCUUGGUGUCACGCGCUUGGAGUGAGCAGGUCUCCUCCCAGCAUGUGUGGCGCAAUGUAUUUCGCUCUUACUAUGGAAAACGCUGCCACCCAGGGUCUGGUAAACAGCCGGCUGCUGGGCUUGGCAAAAACACGUUCCAACAGGAUUGGAAGCGGCUGUAUCUUAUCCGUCGCACCCUGGAGAGUCGGUGGAAGGAGGGCAAGGCGGCGGCAAUCUAUCUCCAAGGCCAUACAGACAGUGUAUACUGUGCCCAAUUCGACGAGGACAAAAUCAUCACCGGUUCUCGCGAUCGAACAAUCCGAGUCUGGGACGCUCGCUACCCCUGGGCUUGUCGUAAGAUAAUCGGACCAGCGCCUGGGGGAGUCCUCAACAACGGCCCGUUCCAUGAUCCAGAGCAGCAAGCACUAGGUAGUUCGCCGUUAUUGACCAUUCGUCCUCCUCCCGCUUCUCCAGCAGAGAUCGUGAGUCUGCAUGAGAAACCAUCGAACUAUCACAGCGCUUCCAUUCUGUGCCUCCAGUUUGACGAUGAAAUCAUGGUUACUGGGUCUUCGGACCAUACUUGCAUCAUUUGGGACAUUAAGAAUGACUAUAAACCAAUCCGCCGUCUUGAGGGCCACACAGCUGGUGUUUUGGAUGUCUGCUUUGACCAUCGUUAUAUUGUCUCUUGCUCUAAGGACAACACAAUUUGCGUCUGGGAUCGACGCUCUGGCGCUCUUGUGAAAAAGCUGUACGGCCAUCGCGGGCCCGUCAACGCCGUUCAGCUACGUGGCGAUCUCAUUGUUUCUGCAAGUGGAGACGGUGUCGCCAAGCUGUGGAACAUUACGUCUGGCCUAUGUGUCAAGGAGUUCUCCAGCAGAGACAGGGGUCUCGCAUGUGUUGAAUUCAGCAAUGAUGCACGCACGGUUCUUACCGGUGGCAAUGACCGAGCCAUCUAUCAGUUUGACGCGAACACUGGCCAGCUGGUUAAAGAGAUUGAAGGGCACACGGGCUUGGUCCGUUCCUUGCAUCUUGACGAUGUCAACCAACGAAUUGUCAGCGGAAGCUACGAUACGAGCGUCAAGGUUUUUGACGCUCAAGCAGGAGAGCUAUCCAUUGAUUUUCCGGGUUGGACCACCAGCUGGAUGUUGAGUGUGAAGUCGGAUUAUAGACGCAUUGUUGCUACUAGCCAAGACUCGCGCGCGGUAAUCAUGGAUUUUGGGUAUGGGUUAGAUGGCAUUGAUUUAUUGGAAGGCUAG